AUGCGGCCCAACCCCUUCGCACCAGCUCGCGGAACCAUUACUGUCCUCGAAUGCUUUAUCACUGUUGAGGUACCCGACGCCAUUGUUUCUGAAGCCAGCAAUGCUGAUACCAGCAUCGCUACACUCCUCGAAUCGAGUGUUUUUGUAGAGCGCGUAUCCUGGGCUGUCGGAGCUGUAGCCGCCAAAAUUGGGGGAUUUGACAGCGAAUAUGACAGUGAAAGCUAUCGCGACUCCGAUGAAGCAGAGCAUUAG